GUUUCUGGGUCUUUCAUCAUACUUUGUCUUUGUCUAUGGUUGAAUCGAACGCGUCGCCAUCUAUCGAAAAAAAAUAAGACCAGCCCAUCCAUCCAACCAAACCACACGUCUUUUUCUAUUCCGUUGUUUUCUGUCAUUUACUACAAUCGCAAUCAGAAUUAAUAGGUACUGUGGUGUAUAUUUUAUGAAGAAGACCGUACUUUAAUAUAAGUGUAACAAAGAAAUGUAAUUUAGACUCUAAAGAAGAUCUUGGUGGUAACAAAAUAUAAAGUGCGCGAUGGCGGGAUCACUGACCGACUUGUCGAACCUAUUAUGAACUGGAGAAGCAAUAAAGAAUAGAUAAAGUUCCUAAUGAGUCCUAUUUGAGGGUCUAUUUGGGAGAUGGACACACUGCACGUGGGUCAUGGGCACAGUAAGGGGUCCAGUCGAAGCCAGUCUCCGUCCACGGCAGAUUUGGCGAGGGAUCCUGCAGUGGUGACUGAUGAUGCAGUCAUCAGAUCCAGAGUACAAUCGCCCUCGACUGUACAUCAUGUUGUCAGUGAACCGUCUUCAAGUACGUCGUCGUCGCGACAUGGCGAGCGCGCGCACCAUGUCAAGUCUCAUUCCAGGGACUUGGGCAACAGUCCAUUGUCAGCUAACACCACCGGGAAUAGUUCUAGAGAGUUGGAAGACUCGCCACAAAAGAAGGUCCUGCCAGGUCUGAUGGCGCCGGGAGACUACCCAAGUGCGGUGUACAGCCCCAACGUGUCGUAUGCGCUCUCAUCGGCUGAUGAGUACGGGUCUCCUGCUUAUAGAGGCCAGGAUGGGGACUAUUCAAAUCAAGACGAGAGUGACGGAGCGAACGUGACGUCAUCGAAGGCGAUGGCUGCGAUAGCGCACCUCAACUCGAAGAUUGAGCGCACUAAGGAUCUUAUACGACUGGAACAAACUAUACGAGAUGACAAUGUAAACGAGUACCUUAAACUUGCGGCGAAUGCAGACAAGCAGCAGUUGCAACGUAUCAAGGCGGUGUUUGAGAAGAAGAACCAGAAGAGUGCGCUCUGUAUCGCGCAGUUACAGAAGAAAUUGGAAGGAUAUAACAAACGGAUCAAGAGUUGGGAGCAACAUGGUACGAGCGGGCAGGCACACCGCCAGCCCAGGGAGGUGCUGCGGGACAUGGGGCAGGGACUCAAGAACGUCGGCGGCAACAUCCGCGACGGUAUCACGGGUCUGGGCGGCAGUGUCAUGGCGGCGCCGCGCGAGUUCGCGCACCUGUUCUCGCGCUCCAACCGGUUCGGCUCCGCCGACAACAUCGCCCAGCUCGCCGAGAACACGGGUCCUUCGCCUCCUCACGCGGAACUAAGAGCGAACGCGUCGUCUGAAGGAUCCCGCGCGUCAGAGGCCGGUGAGGCAGCCGCACCGAGAGGCUCCACGUUACCCCGCGCCGCCACGUCACCAGCGCCCAAGUUCUCGCCUGAAGCAUCGCCCAGUUCCUCUGUUACGAGUGAAGGAGCGCCGUACCCAGCACAGACCGGUUCGAAUAACAUAUCGGAGCCGACAUUUACCCUGAAACCCAUACUGAAUGAGUUGCGCGAGCGCCGGGAAGACUACGAGCGGCUGUCUGAGAAGAUAGACGCAUUGAAGAACCUGUCACAAGAGGUAUCGUUCCUGUCGGCCGCACUACAGGAGGAGCGCUUCAAGACUGAGCGGUUGGAGGAACAAAUCAAUGAUCUCACUGAACUACACCAAAAUGAGGUGGAGAACCUAAAGCAAGCUUUAACGGACGUGGAGGAGAAGGUUCAAUACCAGAGCGAGGAGCGGAUACGAGAUAUACACGAAGCGCUCGACCUCUGUCAGACUAAAAUCAGCAAGCUAGAGCAAUGGAUGGCAGGUGGGGGCGGCGGCGCGGGCGGGGCUGGCGGCGCCGGGGACGCGGCCGGCGGGGCGCUGCCCCCGCGUCUGUUACUCGUCAAACUGUUGAAUGUCGCACUCACUCUACUACAGCUCGCCUUGUUACUCGUUGCUACCAUUGCCGGAGUCGCUAUGCCGUUUUUAAGGACUAGAGUUCGCGUCCUAACAACAAGUCUAGCAGUAAUGCUCGGCGUGAUGGUGCUGAAGCAGUGGCCGGAAGUGACGCAGCUGUCGGAGCACCUCGUGCGGCGCCUCAAGGAGUACUUGCUGGACAAGCACACCGACAGGUAUGAAUGCAAGUCGUUAUGUGGUUGAUUUUGUGCGAAUCAGCAACGCUAGUGGAAAUUUAGGUGAUAUUGCAAUUUUGUCCAGGGAGACCGCGUUAUACUAUGUACGCCUAUCGAGGUAACUACUGCUCAGUUAAACUAACAAUAACAAAUAAAUAACAAGUUCAAACAUAUUGAAUUAAUUGAAAAAAGAAAACUGUUUUCCCGUACAAUUACUAAGAACGUCGCCGCAACUCCGCACGCUGCUCAGGAAUGAGAGUCCCGUUGUGAUUCGAAACUAGUAGAAGCGUCUCUCA